CUGACGCGCUCUCUGCCGACCCUACCCACGCCCCACCCAAGACACCUACCUAAUUUCCAAGAAGGAAAAAAAAAAAAUCUACCUCUAAACGCACCCGCUUCUUCGCUCGAGGACCACCCUCUCCUUUUCGUUUUUGGCCUCCCAGCCGGGUGAGUGGAAACCGCUUGCACAUUCUAUAGAACGGGAUCCUAACCCGGACGAUCCGGAGAAUUUGUACGGCGACCGGCAGGGGGGGCGGGAGGAGAGAGCGAAGUCAAGUCUCCGGGGUUGCUGGCGACUUCGGAAGCCGCGCGCCCCGCGCCCUCGGCCGCCCCCGGCCGCUCGCCCCCGCCGCGCCGCCGCCCUCGCCCCCGGGCGCGCCCUCGGCCCCCGGCGGCCGCGAAAGGGUGCGGGAGACGCGGAGCAGGAGGAGGAGGCGCAGCCGCUGCCCGAGCCGCAGCCGCAGCCGCAGCCGGAGCCCGAGCCGCGGGGCGGGCGCGAAGAUGCACACGACCCAGAAGGACACGACGUACACCAAGAUCUUCGUCGGGGGGCUGCCCUACCACACCACCGACGCCAGCCUGCGCAAGUACUUCGAGGUCUUCGGCGAGAUCGAGGAGGCGGUGGUCAUCACCGACCGGCAGACGGGCAAGUCCCGGGGCUACGGAUUUGUCACCAUGGCUGACCGAGCUGCUGCGGAAAGAGCUUGCAAGGAUCCCAACCCCAUCAUUGAUGGCAGGAAGGCCAAUGUGAAUCUGGCAUAUUUGGGAGCAAAACCAAGGAUCAUGCAACCAGGUUUUGCCUUUGGUGUUCAACAACUUCAUCCAGCCCUUAUACAAAGACCUUUUGGGAUCCCCGCCCACUACGUGUACCCGCAGGCUUUCGUGCAGCCCGGCGUGGUCAUCCCGCACGUGCAGCCCACCGCGGCCGCCGCCUCCACCACCCCCUACAUCGACUACACCGGCGCCGCGUACGCCCAGUACUCAGCGGCCGCCGCCGCCGCCGCCGCCGCCGCCGCCUACGACCAGUACCCGUACGCGGCGUCGCCGGCCGCCGCGGGCUACGUCACCGCCGGGGGCUACGGCUACGCCGUGCAGCAGCCAAUCACCGCCGCCGCCCCCGGCACGGCCGCCGCCGCUGCCGCCGCCGCGGCCGCCGCCGCCGCCUUCGGCCAGUACCAGCCGCAGCAGCUGCAGACCGACCGCAUGCAGUAGCGCGGCCGCGUGGUCGCGGUCGCCUCGCGUCCCCUCCCCCCCACACACAGUUGCCCGACGUGUAGUAGGUAAGGCGAGUUCACGUUGACUUACCAGCUAUAAGAAAAACAAAACAAAAACAACAAAAAAAGCGCUAUGCUAUUGUGAAACAGAAUCCUCCUCCUCCUCUUCCUCCUCCUUUUUUUUUUUUUCCUACUCCAUUAAGUGUCGUAGUUGAGAGAGAGAGGGGAGUGGGCGCAGUUUUGGAAAUCGAUCCCAAAGAGCCUGAGGAAAGGAAAGGCCGCGACGACGCGACGGUGGCAGGGGCAAAACAAUGGAACUUCACUUUUUCUAACGGGAUUUUUUAUUUUUUUGCUCUUUUUAUAGUAUCAGGGAAGCAAACUGCCUUUUACAAGUUUAGGAGAUGCUAUUUGAAUCUAGUCGAACCAGGGAAUGCAGAGUGAGCAAUAUGUAGCUUGAAUUACCUUUAAGAGCAGAUUUCAAACACACACACACACACACACACACACACACACCACAAAAAACGGUGAACGCACUGAUUGUCAUUUUUAGCGGUCACGAGGGCCUCUAGAACUUCUUCAGGUAAGAAGAUAACGUUCUUACCGUCUCAAAACAUGGGCAUCGAACAAUCAACCUAGGAGCGUGGCAGUGGGUGAAAUGGUGGACAGGCACCAAAGCUAUUUUCUCAUCUAUCCUGUGGAUGAGCGGGACUGUGGGGCAAGUGAUGUGGAAUUAAUGGGUGCAGCAGCUGUACAGACAAUCAAUAACACACACAGUUCUGGAAAGAACACAUCACUUGUGCUUGUUUGAUGAGCUUGUCACAUUCUAAUCCCUCUCCCCAUCCUGUUUCAAUUUUGGGAAACUUGUAUCUGCUGGUGUCAGCAGUUCUGAUUCUGAAAUAGGAUCAGGCUUUUACUACAACAGCCUUCUCUUUCUAUUUAUUGUGUUGACUCGUGGCUUACGAUUAAAGGCAGGCAAAGUUUGCAGACUCCAAACCCUUAAGAACUGUCUUAAGGACACGUAUUUCCUACCCCCUCCCCCUUUUUAAAUAAUUUUACACUUUUUAGUAUCUAUUUCAGAGUCAUAUUUAAAACUAUUUAUUAGUGAACACAGUACACGAAACAACAAGGUUACUGAGAUUAUAGUUCUUCAAAGGUUACCGAUAAUGUGGUUUAUACUGUGCCUUAAUAGUAACGCUAUUUAAGAUAUUUAUUUUUAAGUUUUACUAUGCUGCACUCUAAAGAAAGGAACUUUAGAUGUGACACUGUAAAAUUAUGUAUUCAUCUCAUGGCAUAAAUUAUUUAGUAGGUCUAGAUGUAGCAUAUUAAAUAUUAACCUAUUCAGCUAAAGAUGUUGACUUGGAUUUAUUUAAAUUCGUAUGUGCACUGUAUAAGAGAGUACUCUGACAUUAACACAUUUUAAUUUAUUUUAGUUUUUAGGUUUUAUUUUAAAGCAGAUAUAUUGCUAGUUUCAUGCUUCCUUCUCUUAAUUUUUGCUCGUGUAGAUCUCAUUUAUUGGUACUUCAUUAGUUUAACACUAUUCUUCUGUAGUUUAUGUAGUUUUUAAAUGCUGCUUUACUUUUUUCUUCCAAAACUGCAAUACUUGCAAUUUUUAUUCUUAAACUAAAUUGAAUACUAUUUUACACUGUAUUGGAUUUUUAUACUUGAACAAUUUCAUACAAGGGAAGACAGGUUAGCAUUUUUAUGGACUUUCUCCAUUAUCACUGGAUUUACUUUAAGUAUUCCCAUACUAGACAGUGUUAUGUAAUGUAGACAUGACUCUCCUGUGCAAAUUAUUUAUUCAUUGUGUAUAUUGCUUUAUAACAUUUCAGAUCUUCUAAUCUAUUCACUUGUAUUAAAUAUAAUUUUUAAAAACUUC